AACGUAUGCAAACAGGAACAUGGCUAACGGCGUUUAACAUCUGCAGUCUUCUAAAUCCUUUUCUGUCAGCCUGACACAGUGUGUGACAGCCCGACACUUGCUGUGUCCCUGCGACAGAAGCAGAGCCCCUGUAGAGUUUAUCCUCGGAGCCUUCAGACCGGACUAAAAGCGUCUUUGUUGCUCAUCAAAUACAGUCAGUGCGGGUCAUCAUGGCGAGUCCAAGGACCAGAAGAGUUCUGAAGGAAGUGAGAACCCAGGAUGAGAAUAAUCUGUGUUUUGAGUGUGGGGCUUUUAAUCCUCAGUGGGUUAGUGUGACGUAUGGCAUUUGGAUUUGUCUUGAGUGUUCUGGCAAGCACCGGGGCCUGGGAGUACAUCUCAGUUUUGUGCGCUCGGUCACCAUGGACAAGUGGAAAGAUAUUGAACUUGAGAAAAUGAAAGCGGGAGGAAAUGGAAGAUUCCGCUUGUUUCUUGAACUCCAAGAUGAUUAUGACCCCAACUGGAAUUUACAGGAGAAAUACAACAGUCGAGCCGCUGCGCUCUUCAGGGACAAGGUUGCAACUUUGGCAGAGGGUAAGGAGUGGUCCAUUGAGACGUCCCCUGCCAGAAAUUGGACAUCUCCUCAACCCAAGACUAGCCUUUCAUCGUCUCAUCGCUCUGGAGGACCUGGACAGAACUCAGCGAAAUCUAGCGACAAAGCCUUUGAAGACUGGUUAAGUGACGAUGUAAACUCCUAUCAGAGUGGAGGUGGUUACAGUGGAAAUCAAGAGAAUCGAUAUGUUGGCUUUGGGAACACAGUGACCCCGGAGAAGAAGGAGGAUGACUUCCUGAACAAUGCUAUGACUUCUAUUUAUUCAGGUUGGAGCAGUUUCACUGUUGGAGCUAGCAAAUUUGCUUCUAUUGCCAAAGAUAACACUUCUAAACUGGCAAAUCAAGCAACCUUAAAGGCCACUGAGUUAGGACAGACAUUAAAUGAGAAUGUUAUCAAACCUACCCAAGAAAAGGUGAAAGAUGGCAAAUUACUAGAUGAAAUGGCAGUCAGCAUCUCUGGGCUGGCAAACAAGGUUCAGGGAGCUGGUGCAAAAUUGACUAAUCUCUUCUCUGGAAAACCGGAAGAUGGGUCUGCUGGAGAGAGCUACCAGAACAUGGAUGCCACUGAGGGAUAUCAAGGCAGUUCAAGCCAGCCUGUGGCAAAGGACUUCUGGGAAACCUUUGGCAGCAACAGCUCUUUAAAGGCCAAGAAAUCUCCCAGCAGUGACAGCUGGACCAUCGCAGAUAAUUCUGCAAAGAAGAGCUCUGACAGUUGGGACAAUUGGGGCUCCGAAGCAGCGUCCAACAACAAACACAGCACAGAAGAGAGCUGGGAGGCCUGGGACAACAACUGGGAGAACGCAGAUGGUAAGACGAAGAAGAGUCCUACGAAACCUGCUGAGGAAGCCUGGGAUAACGCAGACUGGUAGUGACCACACAACCAUACAUCUCACCUUUUUCCUACUCUGGCCUUUUCCCUCUGUGUCUCUCCCGCUGUUCAUCUCACUGGCACUUUCAGGGAAAGAGCUGCGUCAGCUUAGUUCCUGUUAAUGCAAUCAAAAUAUAUUUACUAAACAUCCAAGAAACAAUGAAUGAAGCCCAGGGAUAAUUUUAGCUCAUUACUAAAUGAAUAUUGUUAAAAAAUACAACUAUGUUGACCUGCAGUCCUGUAUUUUAUUGUAAAUUGCCUUCAUCACAAUGAAUUAAAUUAAAUCAGUGUAGAUAACGUCAUAACUCGCUGCCUGGGAUCCCCAAAUAUAAUACUCUUAAAGGUGAACAAGCCAGUGUUUAUACUGUAUCAUGGGUGUCAUGAUGCUGGUUUUGAAUUCACCACAUAAAUAAAAUGAUGCAUGAAAGAGAAGAUUGGAUGUUGUAAAUAUGAAUCGUUGUAAAUACAGUAUGAUUGAUUGAACACUAAUCACACUAUUUCUGUGUUUAAGUUAAACCCUUAGACCUUUUGCACAUUUUGGUUUUGUAAAAUUGAUUUUGAAAUGCAUUUUUGACAGAAUAAAGCCCUUUCCAUACUGUAGUCACAGUGUUAUAUUAAAUUAACAGACCAAACGGUCAUCAUGACAAAUUGGCUACCAUUAAUCACUAUCUGUGUGAAUAUGUACAAUUUAAAUAAAAUAAUCUAAUGUAUAAUCAGGUAGGACUAAAUGACCCUCAUAGUAUUAUUUUUUAUUUUAUUUUUUUGUAAAAAUAAAUAAAUAAAUAAAAUGUGCAAAUAGUUGAUGGAUUCCAUAUCAGCAGAGAUAUGCUGAUACAACAUUGUCAUGUUAUCAGGACCAGAAGAGGAUACAACACAAUGCUAAGGAGUUUGAGGUGCCCCAAAAAAAUAGGUUUAUCAGUAAUUGCCCCCCUGCUAAAAUAAUUAAGUUGCUUUAGGGUAAAUGCACAUAUGAUAUCACAUGUUAUUAUGCACACAAGCUUACAACUUAGAUUUUUGUCAUAUUUCAUGAUUUGAUCAUUGCAACAUUGACCUUUUUAAAACUCACUUUGAUUGGUUAAUACAAUAAUUUAAUUUUACCCCAAUUAUUUUUCCCAUCUUCACUGUCUGUCAAUAACAGCGGGGCAAAACCUGUCUAACUCACAAGUCACAUGUUCACUGCAAAGGUCUGGAUUUAUUUUAGCACCUUCCCAACAUCAUAUUAUGAUUAUUUCACACAUUCUUGUAAGUAAUGUUACUUUAUACUGCAAGUAAAUAAGCAACGGUUUGUUAACUUACCGUAUAGUUGAGAUGAAACAGUUUGGGUUAAAAACAACAAGACAUAUAUAUUAUAUGCCAAGUAUACCUGCCAAUACCGGGGGAGAGCAGGGGGAUUUAUUGCAAUAUUAUACUAUGUAUUGUUGUUUUUUGUUUGUUUCUUUAUUUGUUUUUAUCCUCAUGUUCGGACCCUGAAGCUGGCUGACUUAUUAAAUUGAAAUUUGGUGUAGAUAUACUCUCAAAUAAGACCUCACACAGUCAGUACAGGCUGUAUUUACUUGUAGAAUCGUUUAAACCAGGCUCAGGUUGGACAAACUUGCAUUCUCUAAACCGUAGCACCAUCAACCAUCAUUGGACAAAAUAAAUAGUCUUAUUCAUAAUUUUUGCAGUUUUGUUUUCAAAAGAUAUAGUGUGAGAUUUUGAUUUAAUUAAUGUCUAAAGAUUAUAUUGUAGAUAAUACAUAAAAGUUCCUCUCUGCAGGGUAACUAUACGUACUGUACGUGAGAGUGAAGGUUGUGACUCAGUAACUGGAUGCAGGUGGGGAUUGUAGAGCGAAUUGUUGUCGUCAUGCUGUUGUAACUGCUGACCUGUGAGCCUGUAACUCGUGAUCUCAGCUGAAGAGACGGCCAUUGUAAAUUUCAUCUCGUACGAAGCAACUCUGUGAACUGCAUCAAGUUUCAUUGCACCUUGGUCAUUGUGAAUUGUGAGGUUUUGGUGUCACAAAUACCUUCACACUUGUAUUAACAUCUGAAUUGCGGGGCAACGUUAAUGAGGCUCAUUAUACAUUGGAUGCUUAGGUGGUCAUAGCUCUCAAACGCUUGUUAGGAAUUAAUUUAAUCUACCUUGUGCAUCCUUCAGAUUAAGUGGCAGCUGCACUCACAUUGUUCAUGGAUGCAAAUGUAUUUUGAAAAGUUCACUGUUACAACAAGAAGAAAGGUCAUCUGGUUAUACACAAUUUCAGUGAGGUGCCUGGGUUUAUAUAUAGGCCAGUUUUGCAGCACCUAAUAUUCUGUGUGGCCAUUGAUUCCCAGUAACUCUAAAACAUGUAAACAAACCUUAAAUUAAGUACUAUGGUACCAGUUACACAUCUGGUUUUGGCUUCAGUUGAUCUACACUUUAAAUUCUUGGAACUGAUAUCGGAAGACAACGUCACAUGCUUAUCUGAUUCUUUGAACCUCGGUGUCUGCUGUCAUCAGUCAGUAGUCAUAUAUUAUCUGCUUGCAGAGCCUUCAACCAGUGCAACGCAGCUACAGGAUUGUUCAUUAUUUGGGUGUUAACAUUUUGCGGUGCUCCUAAAAGCAGUCCUCAUCAGGCCUCAUGACUGAUCAAAAGGUUUUACUACCAUGUGUUUCAAAUAGUGAAGGAUAAAUCCUGGAAACUGUGUUCCAUGCAGAUUUUCCUACCUCUAACAAGUGUUCAGUUUACUGCCUGCUUUUCAGUUUGUUUUUUUCUUAAUCCUGCAGCAUUGUUUUGAUGUAGACCUUAUUACCACUGUUUUGAUUUUCUGUGGCUCAUUUUUGUCUUUGUUCAAAUAAGUGUGUAACAGCAAAGCCGCAAACACCCGUCUACAGUGUUGAUGUGUUUUCAGUGACAAUGCAAUGCUGUUAAAAAAAAAAAAAAAAAAAAAAGGUCACUCCUGGAAAAUUUGUGUCGCUGAACCUCGACAGUCGUGUUCAUGUAUGGUCAUGUGUUAAAAGCCUUAAACAGCUGUGUUUGCUUUCUGUUGAAACUGAUGUCGGUUUGCUUGUGUGUCUCUGAUGCUGUGAGGUGUACAUGUCAGUAAAUGAUCAUUUAAGAUGCAUCGCUGCCAUCAACUUUUCCUUUACUACUAAAGCUUUAUAGUAUGUCACUUAAUUUGGUUUUAUUUUAUGAUGGCGUGACAUAAAACAUGGAAACUGCCAGGAAACAAACAAAGUGCUACGACAUCUCACCAUUUUAAAAGGGACACAUUUGAACAGUGUCUGAAAACUUUAAAAAAAAGCUUAGUUCUGAGAGACCGUAGUGUUUCAUUUAGGGAAUGUCCUAUUGGGUUUACUGCUACUCUUGAUUCAUGGACAAACUGCAGAAUGUAUUAUUGAAUGAAAUGCGUCUAAAUGACGUUGAUAUAAAGUCAGGAUUUUUUUUUUUUUUAAUAAAAGUGUAUUUGUGAUGUGAUGCUUUUGCCACAUUAUCUAAAUUUAAUUCUAAACUUUCCAGAGGAGCAGUUUAGCUCAGUUUCUGUGCCUGUACAACAGUUGAGAUUGGGUAUGUUUGUGUUUGUUGAUGAAGCUAAUUAUGUCAGAAAUACUAUUUUUGAUGUAAUGCAUGACAUGUGAUGUGGAGCUAAAAUACAUUCAGUUGUCUCCUCAGUGAACUUAAGUGCAGUUGUCCGCUUGCCCCCUCGAGUUUCACCAGCAGCCAUCCUAUGAGGUGAGCCAGUGUUACGUACUACCCCCUUGAGGCUGUGGAUAUUUUUCCUGUACACAUGGUUUCUGUGUAAAAUAAAUAUGUAUUGUGUCGUGACUGUC